CAAGAAUGCAAAUUUAUACAGCAAAUGAUGCUUUGAUUUCUUUAAAUGUUUAUUAGAUUAAAUAAAUACAUAAUCUUUCCCACUGUGCUGAUAAGUAAAAAUCAAAGAAAGAAAUUUAAACAAAGUGAGUUGUGAGUCUUCCGAUAAUGGCUGCGGAUUACUCUAUACUUCAAAAUGAAUUGACUAAGCUCUUAUCCGAUCUGAAACGAGAGUUACAUAUGAGGGAAGUUCGUAAGCUGGCCCAAAAGCAUCAGGGACUAGCCAAGAACGUUAUGCAAAAGAAAUUGAUUAAAACGUUGGAUAAUCAAGUGAAAGAACUCCAACCAACAAUCAGCAGGCUGUACAGCUACCAUCAUGCUUUGAAGGACAAUGAGAUCAAAGGUUACUUGAUUUAUUUACUGCAGAUGAAAGAACAUUUUACAAGAGAAGUGGCUACCAAGCAGGAAAUGAUCGCACAAAGAAAGCAUCAAAUUAAAAGCAUGGUCGUUAAACUUUGCGCUAUGAGAAACGAGUAUGCGAGGAAAAAGAGAAGCACUCGAACCAAAACUGCCGAGUUCGUCAAGCUGGAUAAUAUGAGCUGCAGAAUGAACCAAAUUGAAAAAAGAAUAUGUACUGUGCAACAAGAAACUAAAGAAAUCAAGGAAGAUAUAGCGAAUUUAAGGAUUUUUUUGAAGCAAUACAAAAAACUGGAAAACGACUUAUUGCGCAAAAUAAAUGACAUGAAAGACGAAGCACAGAAACUUCUCGACACAGCCGUUACUACAUAUGAAGAAAGAGAGGAAUAUAUCAAUAGGUGGAAAAUUUUCAAGGAGAGAUAUAACCAGGAUUUGAGAAAAGCAGCCAUCAACCAGAAUGCUUUAGACUUAUGCUUAGAAAGAUCUAACAAUUAUGAUAAUUUCGGCCGCUUACAAAAAGAAGUUCGGACGGAUGCUAGGAUUGCUAUAACAGGAGAUUUAAUUGAGAAAGAUUUGACUGGCUUGGAGUCAGGCUUGGAAAGUGUAGGAAAUCUUCACUCAGCCAUAGCUAAAGCAGCAGGUCAAGAAUCGCCGAAAGAUAUGGAGAAGAGUUUUAAAUCAAGUGAGAAUACAAUAAAUUCCAUGUUCGCAUAUUUAGAUGAACUUGUAAAGAAGAUGCAUCAUCUACAGGCUACUAUCGACGAACUUAGGACAAAGAACUCGAAUCUUUUGAAGCGUAUGACGACUGAUGAAAGAAGAAUGCGAUGGGAAAUCAAAGAACUUCAGGAGGAAGUUCAGGAAAGAAAUUUAGAAGCCAACAAAGCCGGAAAUACCAGAAAUAAUGCUAGGGAAGAAUUGGAUGCUUCCCUGGCCCUUGUACGCAAUAUUUAUACAAAAUGCUGUCCCGAAGAAGCUCAAAUUAAUUUGGCGGACGAAAAAGGAAUUGAUGAUACGAAUGUAGCUGACUUCAUGGAGAAUAUGGAGAAAAAAAUUGUGGGAUACCUAAUGUUUAUUGAGUAUCUUCGCAUGCAGGACGUUGAUGAAGAAGACAAACCAGCAGUUCCUCUGGAGCAAGAAGAUGAUUCUCCCGUCACUUUUGAGUCGUCAAAGCAAGAUUUCCUGGACAUCAUACAGCCUCGGGAGUUUAAAAGCAAAUGCGAUCUUCAGUGUUUGACGGAUAUCAGCCAUGAGAAGUCAGUUCUGCAGCUUGAACAGCUGAAAAAGCGGGCUGUGGAAGCCGUUACUGAACUCGAAUCCGGAGGGAGUGGAAACGAAGAUGAAAGCAAGUGAAGUAAAGCAAAGAAAAUCUGUUUCAGUCAAUCAAUUUGAACUAAAAUUCAGCGGACGAGGUAUGAACUACAAAUAUUUCAAGAUGGACAGAGAUCUCACAUUAAAUUUCAA